CCGGCCCUUCGAUCUUGCUACGUAAAAAGACCUCUGCUAGCACAGUACCUGAAAACCAAUCCUUACUUGACCUUCUUUUCUUUAGAUUUGUGUAUUAUGCCAUCCACACUGGGGAAACAGACCUGCCCCAGAAAUCAUGCCAACAAGUUGGCUGAAAAAUGUGUUGCCAAGUACAUCACAGCGAAAUCGUGUAAAGCAGCCGGUGGCAUCUGGAAAAAGUUCAUCACCAACUACGUGGAAAAAACAGCUGGAAUUUUGAGCACAUGUCAUGACCAGGGAGACAUGAAGCUGGCAAGAGGUGUUCCAUAUGAACCUCAUAAGCUUUCACAAGGAGCUGAUCAAAAGAAACAGUUUGUUCUCCUUCAAAAACUCCCGAAUGUUAUCUACGCGCCUUCCACUGUCGUUAAUCAUAACGGAAUAAAUAUGGAGGGCAAGUUUUCUUCUUACAAGUGGAAAGUUCCUUGUUUUCCAACCAACACAACACAACGCUGCGUUUUACGUAUUAGGUAAGUGGUAUGUUAGUCGGUUUCAAUACUGACGUAUACUGACAACUUUGCGCAUGCACUGAGACCAAACAUAUAAUGGAUUGAAAUAUACCUAUAAUGCGCGCAAACAAUGAGAGAGAUAGUUAACCAGAAUAGGAUUUGAUCUAGCCGUUUAAUACAAUUUUGUACUUUAUUAUGUAACUUGAUAGAUACAACAUAACCAGUGAUGAUGUUCCCCGCGAGUUCAACGCCAGUGAUAAUGCAAGGUUAGUAAGCGCAGAUUUUGUCAUAGCAAAUAAGCUUCAAUAAAAUAUAAAGCGCACAAAGCUAUCGGAACGUUAACGCUGAAUUUAAGUAUUGAACAGCAAAGCUCACUACUACUGCUUAUAGACAACUGUGCAAAAAAAACAGGAAGUUUAAUUAAUGGCGAAGUUCGACCAUGAGUUUGGUAUUUACCAUUUGCUUUGGUCCUAACUUCACUUUUUCAGUUUUUGUUGGUUAACACUAUCCACCGGACGAAUCACUAUUCAUUCUCUGGGAAACCAAUUGCGUUAUCCACUGGACAGUGAUUUACUUAAUAGAUAGCACUGUCCACUUGUGGAACACCUGGGGCCGAUCAGUUGCCUUACAGCCUUCACAAUAAUUUUCCUAAAGCUCAGUCUAAGUAAAGCCUUUGGGAGUCCUCUCGCAGAGACUAGUGGUAAAUCUCGCGGAAACUACUGAAAUUGUCUACUAUCUUCCCCAACCUAAAUUUGCUUCCUAUUUUUUACCGAACAACUCUUUUGGAAACAUUUAAGAUUUUCUUUUGCUUUUGUAGAGUUAAGAAUAACCCGAAAACCAAGGCUGUUGAUGGUAAAACCGAUCUUCAGCUCGCCUUAAAUACCGCCCAGGUUGGACGAACAUUCCAGGACAGAAGUCACGUGAUCAUUCUUAAACCACGCAGUCUUCUUCCUGCCAAAUACCAACAUUCCAAUAUUUAUUACAUUGGAGGGAUGGGUAAAAGAGGAAACAUUGUACAGGUUUACCCCGCCAUGGAAUAUCGCUUCACUCCUGAACGCAUUUCAGUAACUACCAAAGAUGUUAUCUGCUUCGUAUGGUCGGGUGAGUUUGGAGAUAUUCAAGAAUUCUUUUAGUGUUAGGUUUUUGGGGUCAGUAUCUGAUCUCUUUAGACAAAGAUGUGCAUUCAUGAGAAUUUAGUCUUUCUUACAGAGCCUGAGUUGACGAAGGUCUUUCAAUAUACGGUACAGCGUUCGACCCUAUAUUUUUGAACAUCAAUCGAAGAAGCUUUAAGAGCCAGUAGCCUUAUAUAUUGCCACAAUUGUAAGAUCGUUCAGUCCAGAAAUCACAUGAAGCAAACAAACACGUUCUUAAAUUACACAAUCAGCAUCCAAUCUCUAAUUUUCAUUAUAUUUAAUUCUUUGUAUAGGUUCGAACAACAAUCCAAACAAUCGUGAUGGACAAGGAAGAGCACGUAAGUUAAAUGUUUCUAUUAAAAAUCAAUUCUAGCUAAUUUUGUGACUUCGGAUUUGUUUUAGUAUUUGACGUGGUUGCACACUAUAAAUGAGAGUUGUAGCCAGUGGCUGCGGACCUCGAAUGAGAAUCAGGCCAUAGAUGUUUCUCGCACAAUGACGUCCCGGCGGUCGUGUCGACAAACGGCAGCCAUGUUGGUGCCCAAAAAGAGACCCGUAUGGAAUAAACUUUUUUCUCAUACAAAGCUUUUUUCACCUAGAUAUUUGGAUCAGGCUUUGAUAUAUUGGGCUCGUAAAAGUAGCACUGAAUUUUGCCAAUAGCAGUCCUCGUAUUUCUUGAGGAAAUUAUGCCCAAAAUUCUACCAGUAUUUUUUUUCUUUUUUAAUAUGCUAACUUAUAUAAUACAGAAAAUGUGCCAGCUAAAAUUUUUCUUAAAUCUGAUGAAAAUGCCACCAUAACCGUGCAACAUUUGGGUCAGAUACUCUGUAGGUAAAUGAUGACACCUAUGGUCAAACAACAAAAUAAUGUAUUCUCUCUAGAACAAGAAACUAUAGAGCGGUUUUACUUCACAUCGCGGCGGCCAUGUUGGUGUACCAAGACAAUCCUGUGGGAGUUGAACUCUUUUCUUAUGUAAAAACUUUCUUUUGUUGCAAUAAAUUAGCCUAGAUGCUGGCCACGUGAGUGAAAACGUUCUAUAUAUUCAUGGGUCACAUCCGGUGGGACCCAAGCUACUCAGCAAAUGGUCCCAUGGCUCCCAUGCAUGUGGUACAAAGCAGGAUGACUUAAAAAAUGACCUGCAACAUUGGCCUAGUGCUAGUGCUAAAACCAAACCAAAAAUUUAAAUUACACCAACAGCAAGUCUAGAAGUGUUUCUGAAAACGAUGAAAAUUAUACUCAUAAAAAUGAUGAAAAAUGCCAAAACUCUUGUUUGCACAUGGAGCCGCUGAUAACAAGAAUGAAGACGAUAUACUGUUAUGUACUUCAUUUGGCUUCGUCUCCAAAUUUGACGAACUGUUUUGUUUGCACUUCAGGCACAGAUCGCACUAACGUAUGUUGGGUAAAGGAAGGAUGCAGUUCCCUCCAACCCAAAGCUUGCUCCAGCUUGCCUCUUGAUGUCGUUGAUCACGUGGACCGCGAAUUUGACGCCAAAAAGUUCAACCUUCACCUCAACACAGGUUGUUACACCGGUGACAAACUGCAGGCUCAGCUUGAUAACGCACCAGCCUCCUGUAAUCCCCCAUGUUUCCGCAUCACAAAGCCUGGGGAGUACUGUUAUAUGAGCACGCGCAAUAACAACUUCUCCAACCGACGUCACAUGGGACAGAUUACAGUCACCCGUGUCGCAUUAUCUUCGUAAUAAAACUCUACUUUAUUAUUGCUCUCUUAAUGCACAUGGUUUCGAAUACUUGGUAACAUUAACAAUAUCAUGAGUGUAAGUUAACUUGGUUUGGAAGAAUUUAUUUGUUGUGAACGUUGUGAUUACUACAAAAAGAUGUCCAAUUUGUUGCCUUGAACUGAGCUACAAGCGCUGAAUCUGACAGCUAUAACUGAAGGACUAAUUAUCGCCACUUUUUAACAAAUAGUCCCGGGCGAAUAUAGUCGGGAAUGAUUAUAAUGUAAGAAUUACAGGCUAUAACUAUCUGGCAUAUUCAAUAAAAGUACUUGAAUUGCAAUUGAAUGCUUUAAUGCUCCUACUUGUACAAACGAUAUAUUUACUGAGAAUUCAAUCGUGACACAACUAUCCUUCUAAGCUCUAGUUGACUUUUAGGAGUAGAGGAAAGAAGGUCAAAGAAUAUAUCGAAUCCUAACGAGUUUUUUGAUGGCGGUUGUGUCAAUUUUAAGCUUUUAAAAAUGGUCCAUAAUUCCUCUAUGAGUUUCUGUUUGAAAACAUUGCCGGGAACAUAAACAAAUGAAAGGGACUUUAAGGUUUACGAUAUCUUUUAAAACACUUGGUCAUGAAUAUUUAACACUUAUUAUAAUUAUUUCAAAAAAGGAAUAUAUUUAUAACCCACUGAAAACCAUCGAAGACUGCAAAGAGAACUGCUGUGAAAGUAAUUUUUUGUGAGGGCGUUUGCAAUGAUGUUUUAGUAUUCAGUUGGUUAGUCCUAAAAAGAGCAAAAUGUUUUCUAGCAUCGAUCAUUCUCAUCAGUACCUUAGCUUCUUAACAAAAUUCAACAUCCAAGAAUAAAAAAGCUCAAAUACAAUAUAAAUUUUUUUGACACAGAAAGGAUCUCUUGUAGUAAACGUUAAAAUACGAGUAAGUGAAACUGACUCAUUACACUGAACUUGAAUAAGACGUGUUAAAUUGCGGAGGAGCGUUUUUAAAUGCGGAAAAUUAAAAGUCUUGGCCAAAAAUAGACAAACAAAAAUAGUGAUAAUAGUGAUAAUACGGGAUACUUGUCUCAGGAUUGCGGAAAAUUGUUCAGGCUUAUAAAUCUUCUGACCGGUAAAGAGAGUAUCCAAAAGAAUGCUUAUUAAAUAACCGCAGGGAGUCGUUGUUUUUCAUUAACCGGAGUCUUAACAAAAGAACAUGUUUAUAAAAUUCUGCUCAUUAGGGCCAUUAACAACCAAUAAACAAGUCCAAGGGUUUUUUUGUAGCCUUCGUUGUGGCAGGCGCAAAAUAUCAAGAGAGGGAGAAGGGUCAGGCGACAAAAAAAUUCCCUCUUUCGUUUUUGCUCUCACCACAUCUACUUUAGAUGGAUGUGUGUUGGUUGACCAUGACGUUAUGCAAUACAGCGGAAGGUCUAUUUGAAGCACUCCGAAAAACUAUUUAUAUCCCGUUCAGAUAUCUCACUUCAGGUGAACUUUGGUCGUCUCCAAUCUUUUAGGAAUCUUUUCGUCUGGCAAUUAAACGGCGAAACUUUGAGCUAUACCAUAGCGGGUCCGGUCGAGGACAAGGAGUAGCUGUUCCUUCAUUGGAAAAAUCUAGGGGAAUUUUUGUUCUUAUGUUAAAAUUUUCAGGAGAGAUUAUCUUUGAGCAAUACUGAAUUGCACUGCCUUGGUAAUAAAAUGUGAAGAAACACAAGUUGGAAGAAUGGAAAUGGUUAUCCAGAGAUUUUUGGGCUUUCUCGGGCUUUAGAGAAUUUUAGGCAAUAUUUGCUCCUUCGAAUGGUUGGUUGCCCCUGUUUGAAAAGUGGACACCAGCCCCAAUAGCUAUAAUUAGGGAAUAAUCUGGGAAUAAUCUUUUAACGCUGAGCUUGUCUGAACUUGAAGAACUCAUAAGUUUCAGUGUUGGGGAAUAUUUUCAACAGGAAUUGUAUGUGAAAGUGGAAAACGCUCUUAAAAUAAGUUGAAGGCAGCUCUUACUUUCAAUACUUCACGUUGCGAUCACCAUAUAUAUGACUUGCAAAUGUAUAUUAUAAACAUAGUAUUGCAAAACAUUUUUCAGGCUAAAAACGAUCUUGCCUUUUAUUGCAAAUUGCAGUUAAAAUCGCAGCAGAAGAAUCCUGUUUUCGAUGAGUAUUGUUUGUGAGCAUCCACAGACGUGAUCGAUCAGUUUUUUAUCUUCCCAGUAAAGUCUGAUAACAGUUAAAGUACGCUGUAAAGAGCAUGCGGCUUAAAACAAGAUAAAAAUCCAAAGAACGUUCAAUCAAAACAAUGGGGGCAAUCGUGGAAAAAAGGGUCCUUUUGGUUGUUUGAAAGAACAAUUGGUCUUUAUACGUAUAUUUGUUAACCUUAUCAUUUGGUUAUUGUCUGAUAAAAGUAUUGUCACGUGCUGAGUCGUUGAAGCGGUUAAGUUAAAUACACAAAAACGAGUUUGGUUAAAUUGGUUCUAAAUUCUGCUGCAAUUUCUACUAUUUUUAUAAUAUUUAAUUCCUAUUGUGUCAAUAAAGUGGUAUGAUUCAUUAACUUCUGUAUAACUUAGCAAGAGAGAUUGCUAUUAAAAGAGUGAGUAAGGCUAAUAGUAUUUAGUUUAGUCACUAACCUGCACCCGGCACUUGCAGACUGCUGACGUCUAUUUUAGAUCUUGACGACUCUGAGCAACUGAAGGCUUAAGUGGAGGUAUGCUCUUAUCGAAAUUUUUACUUCUGUGUCGGUGUUUUUGCUGUUGUUAAUUUAAAAGGUCAUGUGUUUCUGUUCCUUUUAUUAACGGCCUUCUCAAAAGGGAGGAUUACGAAUACCACAAAAAGGGCGAUUACAAAUUGUGCACUAGACAGAAACCAUUGAUUUUGUAAGUUCUAUUGGCCCUAAGUAGAUUGCAGACUUCAGUGAAAGACCAGUCAGAUAUUAAAUGCGGCCUGUGAAGCAAAGAACUUUUCACCGAGUCCUAGAUUAAAGACGACUAGUUGCAAAGUUUGCAAGCAUUCAAUUCAUUUGGUUCCUACCUCAAAAUUAUAUAAUCUACUGCCAAAGCAUUUGAGAGACUUGCUUGCGUUGUCCAGUCUUCGUAAUCUGGAGACUUACAAAUGUUUUGCUAACUUACUCAGAUGCAUGCUUAUUGCACAAACUGCAUUUUAUAUAGUACUUAAUAUUUGUAACUUCCUUUUUAUCAAUUACACAAUAUGCUACAAUACUAGUUUUAGAUUUGACGCCCUUACUGGUAUUUUUAAUGGAUAUGAACGUAAUGAUGUAAAUCAGUGGUCGUACUUUUUAAAUGUUUUUUAAAUUUGUUUUUUGUUAUUUAUUUAAUUUCUUUUUUUAUUUUUAAUUCAACGAAUAACCUACUCUGUUAAGUUUGACACUUAAGUAUAGGUAGCCAAGAUGUAUUCAGAUUGAUGGCCAAGAAGCUUGAAGACAGUUUAAAAUGAGCAAUUAGUUUCCUUCCAUGUUUUUCACCUCUUUUCUCUUUUUUAAAGAAUUUUAUUUAACAAAACUCUCCAGUAAACAAGUCAACUUGAACACUCUAAUCGUUGAUUUCAAUUAAAUUCAAUUAUCGCGCUCAACAUAAGUUUAAAAUGCUAGGUUGGUGCUAUGUAACUAUACUGUUAGUAGUUUCAGUUAAUAAACGCUUCUUUCCCUUCUGUCAUCGUUCAAUUGAAAAGUUUUAAAAGAUAGAUAAUAAUCGACUAAUAAAGAUCAUGGUGAAAUAGUAAUUUGAACUGUAUAGAUUUAGACACUGCUGCCAUUAGACGUUUUUGUUAAAUGUUUAGUUUUGUACUCAAACCGAGAUUUUCAACUCUGGUCCUUGUGAAACAUACAUCUAUGUGGGUAGAAACAAUUGAAGAUGGCUUUUAUCACUGUGCGUGGAAGUCAUGAAAACCAUAGCGCAACCAGGCUUAGCUGCGCUUAGGAUAAAGAGCUCAAACACCCGCUUUAACUCUAAAGGCAUCUCAGUAAGUGCUUGCUGAGAGCUGUGUUAAAAUAGUUUUGAAUGCGGAAAAACGGCUUUGCACAACAAAGACCUGAAUAGAAAAAAAAUUUAAUAAUAGGCUCGCGGGAUAACCGUUUAUUAUGGAUUGCGGAAAAUUGUUUUUGCUUAUGAAAUUUCUGUCCGGGAGAGGGAGUUGUCAAUAGGAAGUUUAUUAAACAGCCGCAGGGAGUUUGUUUGAUUUGGAUGAACACGAACAGUUGGCGAAAAAGCGCAUGUUAUUAUACAUCGAUGUAUAACAAAAGCGUUUUUGUUACGCAGUGGAUCGAUAAAUAAAAAUAGAGCACAAAGUGUUUCUAAAUAACUUUAAAAUAACUUUAAAUCUGACGGUCACAAGAAAAAUAUCUAAACAUGCUGGACCACAUGGGUUUAUUGGGAGUAGGCGGAAAAUAUGGUCUGAUGAAAAAGAUUUACCCCUGAAAUAAUGCUCUUGAAAUAAUUAGCUUUUUCGGUUAAUGAUAGCGAUCACUGGCGAUAUAAUUGAUUUAAUGGAUGAAGUGGUAAUUCCAAUCAAUUUGCGUUUUUCUUUUCUUCCAUAAGCGUAGGAAAUGAAGAGCAUUUUCGUUUGGAGCUGUCUGACGGCUGCUCUUAUAGAACUUUGCUUGCCAGACAUAUACCUACAUGUUCCACACGGAUCAAACAAUCGACUGAAUGGUAACCAAGACAACGUCAGAAACGACNAGCGUUUUUGUUACGCAGUGGAUCGAUAAAUAAAAAUAGAGCACAAAGUGUUUCUAAAUAACUUUAAAAUAACUUUAAAUCUGACGGUCACAAGAAAAAUAUCUAAACAUGCUGGACCACAUGGGUUUAUUGGGAGUAGGCGGAAAAUAUGGUCUGAUGAAAAAGAUUUACCCCUGAAAUAAUGCUCUUGAAAUAAUUAGCUUUUUCGGUUAAUGAUAGCGAUCACUGGCGAUAUAAUUGAUUUAAUGGAUGAAGUGGUAAUUCCAAUCAAUUUGCGUUUUUCUUUUCUUCCAUAAGCGUAGGAAAUGAAGAGCAUUUUCGUUUGGAGCUGUCUGACGGCUGCUCUUAUAGAACUUUGCUUGCCAGACAUAUACCUACAUGUUCCACACGGAUCAAACAAUCGACUGAAUGGUAACCAAGACAACGUCAGAAACGACGCCAGACUGUUUGAUUCACAGGUAGGACUAUUCUGAUCUUUGCUGCAUAUCUUUAAGCUUUCUCUCUUGCUUUAAGCAUUUAGUAUGUUAUAUUUCGGAGUGGGACAUUAUGUUCAUAUCUGACUGCUGCACGGACGGCCUCUCAAUACUCACUAAUGCAAGAAAAAAAACUGAAAAAGAGAAAUGGAAAGAAAUGAAAGAGAAAAGUAAAGUAUAUCUUUUUUCAGCUUGAAGUGUUGCCAAAAUCUCCUAAUUAUUGUUGUUUCGUGAGAGCUCUAAGUUUUCUCUACGUAAAGUAAAGUCUAAACAGACAGAAGCUUAAAGGAAGUGUUUGUGUUUGUGCCAAGCCAGUCUGUGAGAUUGCCUUAGUCUUUCGCCCAAUGUAAUUUAAUUGGAUUUUGGAUUCCACUCCAUGGAUUCCGGAUUUCAGGUACUGGAUUCCUUAUUUUUUGUCAUUGGAACUUGGAUUCUGGAUUCCAAUCAUUAGUGGAUUCCUGAUUCCUUUAGCUGGAUUCCCAAUUCCAAACACCAGGAUUCCAGAUUCCACAAGCAAAACUUUCCCGGGGCGUUUUGCUAAGAGUUACCAUACUAGCACAUGAAAAUUGUUAGAAACAGAUAGCUGAUUCAGUAGGGGCAAAUGAUAGAUCCUUUAUCUUUUUGACUCAAUACCUGUAAAUGUCCCUUACAGUUAUCACGAAUAACGGCGGUCAUAUUAGUAUUUAGCAGCGUGAAGGGUACCAAUCCUCAAAUUUUACCCCCAAAAGUGUCCGACGAAAAAACCUCGCUUAUUGGCUUUCGGCAAGAGAAAAUGAGGAAAGAGAGUGAAUCCAUGUGCCCAUGAUAAUUAUUUGAGAUCUAUUAUUAGUUCGACCCAAGUUCUGCGAAGGCCAUUGUUGUUUGUUAUUCCCCUGACCGUCGGAUCAACAUCACAAGACUCUUCUCACAAUCGCUUUCUUCACUGAUUGACGCCAGCUAGAAGGACCAUGUUCCCCGUCGGCGGGUACUCUUGCCAGAUUUUUCCAUUUAGAAAUCUUUUCACUAAUCGACGGAAGUGAUACGGACUUCCCAGGUCAUUUUUCUUUCUUAAAAUAACGUGACGACAUUCUAACAACCAAUAAGCUGUCCUCCUUAAAGUAACCUCGCAACAUGACAUAGAACCAAGAAUAGAUUUUAAAUAAUUUUCAUAGGAAGAGGACCUUUUUAAUUUAAAACCUGACUCGCUGUUGCUGCCGAUAGAUAAUUCAAGAAGGUCAAACAUUUUAGUGAAAGAUUACAACUGUGUCCUUACGCUAACGUACGAGGUUUCUCAUAUUUGUACACGUACGUAAAAACAAUAUAAACACCAUAUCUUAAGGCGAUUAAAAACUCGGGUCGAUGUAUUAAAAGCAUUCUUUUCUCUUUUAUAGAAUAAUGGAAAGGCUGGGUACAAUGUUGGAGACAAGCUGGAUAAUAACCCAGGAGAUAACAUACCUGAAAUCAGACAGCUGCCAAUGGUAAUUAUAACUAGAACUAGUAAUAACCAAAGGUUACGGAGUGCGGGCGACAACGAUCUAAGGUCAAAACGCUUUUGCUCCAGCGCUGUGCUUUGCGUAAGUUUCACGUGACAGAUAGUCAAAACACGCGUGAUCAGAUUGCGUUCUGUGCAUUCUAUACAUUCAAUAGUGGAAGUCCAAACGAACGCUGGCUACAUACAUGCGACGCGUGCGUAAUAACAACCUGGAGAUUAGGAUUGCGGGCUCCUCUUGUCGCCCGCACUUAAAUAAUAAAAAUGAUAAUAAUAAUAAUAAUAAUAACAAUAAUAAUAAUAAUAAUAACAAUAGUAAUAAUAAUAGUAAUAAUAAUAGUAAUAAUAAUAGAGGCUCACACUAGAUUGAUUGAGGUAAGAACGGGUGGAUGGGUGUCUGGAUAUGACUGUUAAAAAGCUGGCCUGGUGUCUAGAUAUUAAGGAGCUUAAGCAAAGACGACGGCGACAGCAACGAAAACGUCAAAAAGCGACAAAACAACAACACUCUUUUUUGUACAUUUAAUUUUGCCGUCGUUUCACGACUACGACGUGAAAGUGCUUAAUUUCACGUUUCACAGGGGGUCUUCAAUCCUGGGGACCGAAUUGAAGUAUACUGACUUAAAUGAGUCUUUGAGGACGUAAUUCUCGUUUUCUAUCAANUCCUUACGCUAACGUACGAGGUUUCUCAUAUUUGUACACGUACGUAAAAACAAUAUAAACACCAUAUCUUAAGGCGAUUAAAAACUCGGGUCGAUGUAUUAAAAGCAUUCUUUUCUCUUUUAUAGAAUAAUGGAAAGGCUGGGUACAAUGUUGGAGACAAGCUGGAUAAUAACCCAGGAGAUAACAUACCUGAAAUCAGACAGCUGCCAAUGGUAAUUAUAACUAGAACUAGUAAUAACCAAAGGUUACGGAGUGCGGGCGACAACGAUCUAAGGUCAAAACGCUUUUGCUCCAGCGCUGUGCUUUGCGUAAGUUUCACGUGACAGAUAGUCAAAACACGCGUGAUCAGAUUGCGUUCUGUGCAUUCUAUACAUUCAAUAGUGGAAGUCCAAACGAACGCUGGCUACAUACAUGCGACGCGUGCGUAAUAACAACCUGGAGAUUAGGAUUGCGGGCUCCUCUUGUCGCCCGCACUUAAAUAAUAAAAAUGAUAAUAAUAAUAAUAAUAAUAAUAAUAAUAAUAAUAAUAAUAACAAUAGUAAUAAUAAUAGUAAUAAUAAUAGUAAUAAUAAUAGAGGCUCACACUAGAUUGAUUGAGGUAAGAACGGGUGGAUGGGUGUCUGGAUAUGACUGUUAAAAAGCUGGCCUGGUGUCUAGAUAUUAAGGAGCUUAAGCAAAGACGACGGCGACAGCAACGAAAACGUCAAAAAGCGACAAAACAACAACACUCUUUUUUGUACAUUUAAUUUUGCCGUCGUUUCACGACUACGACGUGAAAGUGCUUAAUUUCACGUUUCACAGGGGGUCUUCAAUCCUGGGGACCGAAUUGAAGUAUACUGACUUAAAUGAGUCUUUGAGGACGUAAUUCUCGUUUUCUAUCAAGUCGUCGGUUUUUCAAGGAAAUAGUCACAGAUCAAGAGUUAUUUUUUCUUGGUAACGAUACUAACGAGUUCGAGCAACCACGAAGAGAACAAACCGGAAAACAGCCAUAGGUUUAAUAAGCAAAAUGACUCUAAACGCAAAACCUGUAGCACACUUUUUGGCGGAUUCCUUUGCCAUCAUCGCAUGGUUAACGUAAUAUGCGAUAGUCGAUUUAAUCUCUGAGAUAAUCGUUUUAUCCGACUAAGUAACGUACCCUUACUGACUGUAAGUUGUCUAAAUCGAUUAUCUACAAAUCAUACUAUUGUAUCAAGGGUUGUCGCAAUAGUUUGAGAGUAGUGUCUCAUAAACCUUUUUAAAUAAUUUAUCAGGAGUUCUACAUGGGUGGAUGUCACAAAAAAGCCAAAACCGAGGUCGAAAUCAUGUGGACAAAUCAACACGGGACAGGACCAAAAACCGACGACAGGGUGGAGUCACAAGUCAUCUUACAGUACAUGUGUCAGCCGUACCCCGAAGGAAAGAUGACUUCCGCAGAUGUGAACAUAGCCUUUGAUUAUCACACCGUUCGUAAUGGUCAGACACUUACUCAACAAGCAUUUGCACCAAACGGAGCUCGGGAAAAUGCUUACAUCAGAAAGGAUCGUGGCCUUCAUGAACCACUCAGUUACUAUCAAGCUUACUUCCGCAGAGAGCGAAACAAAGGUAAGUAUACUCUUAAAUUGUGUACACUUUCAGGGAGUUGAUAAAAAGACUUGGUUGGUGUUGUGUCAGAUUGCUCUAUGGGAGGUUAUUGGGGUCCUUAUAGUUAAGGAGGCCAUAUUGGUGUACCCAAAACGAUGGAACUGCGGCCACAUUGAUGUACCAAAAAAUCCGGUGGAGAAUGAGCUCUUUCCCUCGUAAAAAUUUCUGUUGUUCCAAGAAACUUGCAUAGCUGUUGACGAUAACUUUUUCUUCGAAACUGCGUCAAAAUUUGUCCCCCAAAAGGUUCUCACAGCACAAACUCAGUGUCAUGCUCAUCUUCGAAGAGGUGAAACCUUCAACGCGUUAGCGUCCACUUGUGCCCUUAUUUUGGCACCUGCAUCAGAAAAAUACAAGCUUGAAUAAGCCAUGUGAACAUGAGAUUCAUUUGAGUCAAGCGAAUUGUCUCCAUGCAACCUAACCUAAAUUGUCUUUUUCAAUAGGUUUGUUUACCGCUGACCUGAAACUCAAAGGUGAUUUGCCAAUCUACACAAGGCAAAAUCCAGCAGGAACAAGGAGGGGCCUGGAAGUACCUGAGGAACGUGAUUACUAUCCAUACUGGGGCCCCACCCCGUGGAACGACAUUGCUGUCCUUGUCAGUAAUAAAAAGACUCUGGAAUUAAUGGAGAAACACUUCAACAACUCUCAUUAUGGCUACAAACGUGAGUAUGUGCCAAAUCGUGUUAUGCUUGAACAUGUUAAAAGCUGUUUAUUUCAUAAACAUGGAUAAAAAAUUUAAUCCUACAUAAAAGAAGCUUGCUGAUUUUUGACUACUACAAAUUUAGCACAAGUGAUAGCACAAGUUGAAUCGUUGGUUGAAUUCUUUGCCAACGCCAGUCUGAACUGAGUUCUUCAAAUGGUUCCUGGUUUAAUCGAACUGGUUUUGUUGCUGUGAACAGAAAUCAGAGUUUUAAAAUGACUUACACACUAUACAGGCAUUCUGUAGUUGAGAAAGUAGUGAUCAUCAUAUAAGGAAAGCUUACGCAAGGCGACUUUGCCGACCCCAACCCGACCUGAGAGGAAAUUUAAACAUUUCAAAAGUGGAAGUUGUGUUGUCUGCGAUAGAAUGCGCCAUCCUGCCGACUUCAAAGAUGCUGGUCUUGCCUAGAGUACUGUUGAUCCAGCUCUUCUGUUCAGUCUAAACAGUUCAAUACAAACAACGCUUUCUGCACGAACUUUCACGGAGUUGCCAUCCCUAAUAGUUGUUAAUUGCGGAUCACUGUGAACCGCUUUGUGUUCGAAGGCAAGCGAUAUCAGGGGGUCUUCCUUGCUCUUUUUCUUCUUCCAAACAAAGUCCCGGACUUGAAAAACUAUCUCUACCACUUAAUGUUUCCCUUCCUAAAUUCACACGAAUGAAAUCUUUAAGUUCUUCUAACGCGUUAUGGUGGUUCACUGACAGAACAAGAAGGUUCAAUUUUGAGGUAGUUAAUUUUCUUUCGUAAAUAAUAAGGAAGCCCGAAUAUUGCUUAAUCUUUUUGCAGACAUGUGUAUUAUGCCAUCCACGCUGCCUGGAAAUUUACACUGUCCUCGAGAACAUACCAACCACAUUGCACAACAGUGCGUUGCUAAAUACAUCACUGCUAACACUUGUAAAGCUGCAGGCGGUAGAUGGACAAAAUUCAUCACAAGCAUUGUGGAGAGAACCUCUGGAAUUUUGAGCACUUGUCACGCUAUGGGCGAUAUGAAGUUGAAAAGAGGCAUUCCUUAUCAGCCUCACAAAGUGUCCCAAGGAGCUGAUGAACCGGUGCAGUAUGUUCUCGUUCAGAAACCACCCGACGUAAUCUACGCUCCGUCCACGGUCGUAAACCAUAACGGAAUAAAUAUGGAGGGCAAGUUUUCUUCUUAUAAGUGGAAAGUACCCUGCUUUCCUACUAACACAACACAGCGCUGCGUGCUACGUAUAAGGUAGGAAGUGCACGGCCACAGACCUUAUUCGCAUCAUGUAAGGAAAUCCGGAUUCCAGGGAGUUCCGGGAAAUUUUUGCUUGUGGAAUCCGGAAUCCUGGUCUUUGGAAUCCGGAAUACAGCUCAAGGAAUCCAGAAUUCCACUAACGACUGGAAUUCAGAGUCCAAGUUUCAUUGAAAAGUACUGAAGUUCAGAGCACUGAGCACCCCACCCAAACCCUUGUUUUCACUAAAACUGCAGGACGCAACUACCUGGUUAAGGUCAUUGUUAACUGAGGUUUUGCACCUUAUUCACGAUACCAGCCAUCUUUACAAGCUUUUAAGGACUGAUGGGAUAAAAAUAUGGCCGUCAAAACUCGGUAGCCAUGGCAACGUCAAUGUUGACGACGACUUAAAAAUGUUCCCAGAUAGGACAAGCCGCUAAGUUUGGUGGUCAUAGCUUAAAACGUUUCGAACUUGUUUAACUUUUUCGCGAGGGGGGGCUCCAAAAGCUCCCCUGGUCUGAAUAGGGUUAAGAGAUAUCAUCACCAACCAAAACCCACAGACGAAAAUACACGACGCCGAGCGCGUCGAGUUUUAAAAUUGUUAUGAUAAUUAAAAGGCUCUGCUAACAGUGUCUAUGAUCAUUACUAGGUGGAAUGAAAUCAAGUCCUGGUAUGUUUAGUCCUAGAAAGGACUGUUGUUGACAGUAACUGGCGUUUUGAAAAGCAUUUCGGUACUCAUUUUGAGAGUUAAAGUGAGUUAUAUCAUGUCAGUUGAUGGUAUUUCACUCUGGNCACGGUCGUAAACCAUAACGGAAUAAAUAUGGAGGGCAAGUUUUCUUCUUAUAAGUGGAAAGUACCCUGCUUUCCUACUAACACAACACAGCGCUGCGUGCUACGUAUAAGGUAGGAAGUGCACGGCCACAGACCUUAUUCGCAUCAUGUAAGGAAAUCCGGAUUCCAGGGAGUUCCGGGAAAUUUUUGCUUGUGGAAUCCGGAAUCCUGGUCUUUGGAAUCCGGAAUACAGCUCAAGGAAUCCAGAAUUCCACUAACGACUGGAAUUCAGAGUCCAAGUUUCAUUGAAAAGUACUGAAGUUCAGAGCACUGAGCACCCCACCCAAACCCUUGUUUUCACUAAAACUGCAGGACGCAACUACCUGGUUAAGGUCAUUGUUAACUGAGGUUUUGCACCUUAUUCACGAUACCAGCCAUCUUUACAAGCUUUUAAGGACUGAUGGGAUAAAAAUAUGGCCGUCAAAACUCGGUAGCCAUGGCAACGUCAAUGUUGACGACGACUUAAAAAUGUUCCCAGAUAGGACAAGCCGCUAAGUUUGGUGGUCAUAGCUUAAAACGUUUCGAACUUGUUUAACUUUUUCGCGAGGGGGGGCUCCAAAAGCUCCCCUGGUCUGAAUAGGGUUAAGAGAUAUCAUCACCAACCAAAACCCACAGACGAAAAUACACGACGCCGAGCGCGUCGAGUUUUAAAAUUGUUAUGAUAAUUAAAAGGCUCUGCUAACAGUGUCUAUGAUCAUUACUAGGUGGAAUGAAAUCAAGUCCUGGUAUGUUUAGUCCUAGAAAGGACUGUUGUUGACAGUAACUGGCGUUUUGAAAAGCAUUUCGGUACUCAUUUUGAGAGUUAAAGUGAGUUAUAUCAUGUCAGUUGAUGGUAUUUCACUCUGGUUAUUAACCUGGUUGCUCAAUAAAUUGGCGAUGUUGUUGGUCUUCUGUCAGUAAUAAGCCGCGAUAUUUUGUCACACUAAUAACGGUCAUUUUAAUGUCAGUUAAGUUGUAGGUUGUUUACGAUAGAAUGAUAAUUUCAUGACCAUCUAGUGUCUAUAUUACCAGUGCAUUUGCCCAAAUGAUGGAGUUACGCUUUGUUGUAGGUAUAACAUCACCAGUGAUGACGUCCCACGUGAAUUUAACGUCAAAGACAACGGAAAGUAAGUGAAAAUAAUAGAGUUCCUUUCCUUGUCCCAGUGCGAUUCUUACGCCCCAGCAUGGCACUUCUGUACUUUUGACCACCUGUCUGAAAGGCCUAUUGCUCUUUUAAGGAAAACGGAAUGCACAUCAUUAGAGACUGAAACUUUCGACAACGCUCCUGCCAAGCGGUUACAAGCUAUUUCACUUUUGUUCCCUCUAAGGUUUUAUGUACAUCCAAGAAUAUUCGAAAAAUUUCAAACAUAUCAAAAUUCAAUGGUAGUAAUGAUAUUACUAAUUGUACGGGUUCUUUACAGGUGAAUUUCUACCAACACAUCUACGCAAGGGCCGCUUUCUUGUCUCUGUGGACAGCCCAUGAAAUCAAAUGCUCGUAGUUCCCAAUUUGAUUUGUAAACCACUGAAGCCGGUAUUUCCUCAAUAUACAAGUAAAAGCAAUUUAUCCGGCGGCAACUUUCCACAGACGGUCCUCAUUAACAGUAAUUUCUGACACUCUGUAGGGUUGUUUUCUUCUGUUUGCCUUGUUCAAGUGCGUUUUUCUUUCUUUUUUUCUGAUCGACGUGACAAGCCACGGCCCCGUGAAAGAGCCUCGGUUGUCAUUAGGUUGAUUUAGCCACAGAACGGGAACGCCAGAUGACGACGGUGCGCGCAAAUCAAACUGGCCUCGGUUGUUCAAAGGCUGGAUAGUGCUAUCCACUGGAUAAAUCUCUAUCCACUGGAUAGUGAUUUAUCCGGUGGAUGGCAACAACUCGCUUGACCGAUAGCAGAGCGGCAAAUUGGUCACCGGAAGUCGCGUUUAGUCCUUUUCGCGUGCUUUCCCGUCGUCAACUGACGUUCCUGUUCUGUUGCUAAAUCAGCCUAUUUACUUCUAUAGUCGUGGAAACUGUUACAUGACCACCAGAAAAAUCUCUCCUUCCCAUCUCCCUCUAUCGUGAUAGCCAAAUAACCUCUGGAACACAUAUUUUUACGUAGAUCUAUCCUAAAGUGAUGGUCUUUGCUCUCACAGAGUUAAGAACAACCCGAAAACUAAAGCAACUGACGGGCAAACGGAUCUUCAGCUCGCCCUGAACACAGCUCAGGUUGGACGAACAUUCCAGGACAGAAGUCACGUGUUCUUACUUAAGCCACGAAAUCUUCUUCCCGCGAAGUACCAGCAAUCCAACAUUAGAUACAUCUUUGGAAUGGGAAAGAGGGGAAACAUUGUCCAGGCGUAUCCCGCCAUGGAAUAUCGUUUCUUCCCAGAACGCAUUUCUGUUACAACUGAUGAUCUAGUUUGUUUCGUUUGGUCCGGUAAGAACUACUCCCACCUAGCGGGACUAAUAGGCCACUUUAGAUUUCCAAAAUCCCUCACUUUCAAAAUGAGGUCAAGUUUUAUUUGCAUGAGAAUGAAAAAUCAUUUCCAUAUCAAAGACUGAGCACUUAACCUUGUUUUGAUACAAAGGCCUGGGGGAACUCGGAAAUGGCCUAUUAAGUUAGUCCCCCAAGUAGCCGUUACUGUCUUGUCACAAAAUGCGCGUUACGUGACAAGACCUGCGUGACUAACUUAGGCUGCAUUCACACUAUACUGGUGCCAACACGAAAAGUGUGAAAAGCGCUAGAAACGGCCCGGGACUGUAGCAAGUCGUCCACACACAUCGAACACCGUGCAGGAGUGGUUGGCCGAGAGGGUUUGGUGAACUAAAUCCCAGUCCUCACUCCUGAGUUUUUACUUCCGUUUCAGUAGUUUCCAUUUGAUACGUGCCCCUACUUAUUCACUUCCGCUACUGUCCGAAUACCUGUUAACACUCAGUGCACCAAACUAAUGGCACAGAACCUAUCCGAUAUGUGACGCUCUAUGUUCGAGAUCGGCGCGGCGCAGCUCCGCUCAGCUCAGUCACAGAAACCUCGCCGAAAUCACCGUUCCGUUGUGUUUGAACAGAAACCCUUUCCAGUAUCAUUUUCGUGGCGUCGCAAAAGCUAUCCGGUAUAGCGUGAGUGUAGACUUAAAAAUCAUUGCUUAUCACUUUGGUAAAAGGACGCUGCAGUAAACACUUAAAACUCUUUACUAAAGUGUUGUCAGUAGCAUUUAACACCUGAAAAGGGUCUAAAAUUGCUUAUUAUCUCCCUCCUAAUUCUUUUAUUCUCCAGGUUCGAACAAUAACCCGAACAAUGCCGGGGAAGGAAGAGCACGUAAGGAGUUUCUUUUUUUGAUUUUGUUGUUUGGGAGAGAAAGAGAAAGGUACACGGUUGAUAUGCUCCUAUAAAAGUAACCCCGCCCCAUUUUUGAAGCCUGCUCAGUGACUACAUUAGUUGAAAAAAAACACGGUUAAUGCUCUUUCUUUACAAUAAUUUUUUUCUUGAUUGAAAUGCGAUGGUGAAUUAAAAGCCUGGUGAAUAAAUGAGAAAGAUGUUUUCAGUUUACUGCCUCCAUCAAAUAGCAGAGUUUGACGAACAUUCCAGGACAUGAAAAUCAAUUACUGAAAAAUCAUCUUUCUCAUUUUACUUUACUUCAAUAUAAAUUAGUUCGGAGCUCACACACAUACAAAUGUUUCCAUGUGUGUUUCAGGCACGGAUCGCACCAACGUGUGUUGGGUGAAGGAAGGAUGUAGUUCUCUUCAACCCAAAGCUUGCUCCAGCUUGCCUCUUGAAGUCGUUGAUUAUGUGGAUGAAUUUGACGCCAAGAAGCUGAACCUUUACCUUAACACAGGGUGUUACACCGGUGAUCCUAAAAGACUGCAGGCUCAGCUUGAUAACGCGCCAGCCUCCUGUAAUCCACCGUGUUUCCGCAUCACAAAGCCUGGGGAGUACUGUUAUAUGAGCACGCGCAAUAACAACUUCUCCAACCGACGUCACAUGGGACAGAUUACAGUCACCGAACCUCCUGAGUAA